AGCAUGACAGGAAGGAACCAAACUGUCAUCUCAGAGUUCCUCCUCUUGGGCCUGCCUGUCCAGCCAGAACACCAAAACCUGUUCUAUGCGUUGUUCCUGGCCAUGUAUCUUACGACCAUCCUAGGGAACCUCCUCAUCAUAAUCCUCAUUCGACUGGACUGCCACCUUCACACACCCAUGUAUUUGUUUCUCAGCAACUUGUCCUUCUCUGAUCUUUGUUUUUCCUCUGUCACAAUGCCCAAAUUGCUGCAGAUCAUGCAGAGACAAGACCCAUCCAUUCCCUACAUGGGCUGCUUAGCCCAAAUGUACUUUUUCCUGUUUUUUGCAGACCUAGAGAGCUUCCUCCUUGUGGCCAUGGCCUAUGACCGCUAUGUGGCCAUCUGUUUCCCCCUGCAUUACACCACCAUCAUGAGUCCCAAGCUCUGUCUGGCCCUGGUGGUGCUGUCCUGGGUGCUGACCACAUUCCAUGCCAUGUUGCACACCCUGCUCAUGGCCAGACUGUGUUUCUGUGCAGACAACGUGAUCCCUCACUUUUUCUGUGAUAUGUCUGCUCUGCUGAAGCUGGCCUGCUCUGACACUCGAGUUAAUGAAUUGGUGAUAUUCAUCAUGGGAGGCCUCAUUCUUGUCAUCCCAUUCAUACUCAUCAUCGUGUCCUAUGCACGAAUUGUCUCCUCCAUCGUCAAGGUCCCAUCUGCUAGGAGCAUCCGUAAGGCCUUCUCCACCUGUGGCUCCCACCUCUCUGUGGUGUCACUGUUCUAUGGGACAGUUAUUGGUCUCUACUUAUGCCCAUCAGCUAAUAAUUCUACUCUGAAGGAGACUAUCAUGGCUAUGAUGUACACUGUGGUGACCCCCAUGCUGAACCCCUUCAUCUAUAGCCUGAGGAACAGAGACAUGAAGGGAGCCCUGGGAAGAGUCAUCUGUAAAAGAAAAAUUCUCUUCUCUCUGUGA